AAAGGCAGCCGUCCCCUAACAGCCCUCUGCUUGGAUCCCCAUCGUAGCUCCUGUCGCCGCUGCAGCCGCUGCCCGCGUUAAGGUUGUUGUUGUUGUCAUCGUCUGUACUCCGUGAUGGCGCAGUGGUGCACGGGAUUCGACCAAGCGAGAGAUGCAUUCUUUGCUACGUGAGCCGCUGCCGAACGCCCUGUGAGGCGUGCGUUGGGCGCAACGGAGUCAGGCCGCGGGCCUGCAGCCUACGCACACAAUUCAUGGCUGGUCGCGUCGGCCUUACGAAGCGACGAAGACUUCAAAGUGAUCAUAGGGACGCAGCGCUGUCGCUAGGAGCGAUGGCCGCUAGCCCGGGACCCCAACCGCUGGCAGGAGCUGCACGGACAACACAGGACAGCCACUAUCUCCAAAACCAAUUCCACCACCAAAAGGAGCAGCAGCAGCAGCAGUAUCUCAAUGAGCAGCAAAGGCAGACUCUGUUACUGGCUGCGGUUUCGCAGCAGGCCGUUCCCUUUGCUGCUGCUGCGCCUGCAGUAGCUGCACUAGGACGUCAGUUGAAGUCGGACUUUCAGCGUGCAGCCAUUAGGCAAAAUGAAGUGCAGGCGCGAACGGUGAAGUCGGUCAGAAGCGAACACGCUGAAACUGCACAUCUCCUCGUGUCUUCCUCAUCCUCCGACAGCAGCGGCCGUAGUAGUAGAAGUGGUAGUAUUAGCAGCAAUUUGCAAAACAGUGUUUCGGCAGUUUUGUACAGCUCGGACACGACUUUAACGACGAGUAGUUCUCUGCCUGUCCUAUCGCCAUUGUCGCCACUGUUGCCGCUGUCAGGCCACGCAGCAUUAUCGCGACCUAUCGCCGCGCCUGGAGCUCUUCAACACAAGCAAACAACAACUGCGGCAUUGAUAGCACCUUCUGCAGCAGUGGCAGCGGCUUCAGCCGCUGCGAUCUCUGGACCCACAUCGGCACCCACAUCGGCGCCUGCGCUUGCCCUGUGGCUUCCACUGCCUCACGCCCUUGGGGCGACGUUGGCCGGCUGCGCGAUGCUCCUGGCCUCACUAGUUGUGCUCUAUUACCUCUAUCUCAAUCGGCGACUGUGUUUUCAUGGACUUUUAACCGCGGGACCGGACAAACGCAAGUACUCCGACUACUCCAGCAACACUCUCGACGAUACGUUCUAUUAUGAAGAUAUCAGUGCCAGUUCUGAUUCGGAUGAGCACCUCAUCAACAAUGACAACCUCAACAUCAAUGUCGAACAGCAGCAAUUCCGAAGCGCCGGCCCUGAUCGGAUACAGGAUCGGCCUAACCUCAACGAACGCUCAGGAUCCGUCACCUCAGUUAAUGAAAGCAAUCCGUUUGCCGCCGAACUGCUUGGCGCCCAUCAACGGAUGGCCAAUCUCAGUUAUCAGAGCCUCCAAUCCUGUUACCAGCAACCGUUGACAAACUGCACGUCCGCGAUCUCGACAACGGCCGUGUCCAAUGAGAUCGUUGAUAAUCAGAAAAUCACCGUUGUUACUACUAAUCAGUCGUUCAAUAUCGCCGAUGCAUCGGGUGGAGUUUUAGAGGUGAGCAUCAGUCAUGACACCUUGGCUCGCCGGCUCGUGGUCAGUAUCAUACAGGUGCAACGUAUCCCGCUGAAAGCGUCGCCAAAGGUGCUAGCGACCAAAACGACAGCAAAAACCGGAACGUACCGACUCAAGGUGACAGCGCUAACCGCGCGUCAGGCCGGACGCCUAAAGCAAAGUCGAGCGUCGAAGGCGAGACAGGCUGACCAACAGGGUAACUGUACAUUCAAUGAGGAUUUGGUGUUUUCGCGCAUUUCCUCGGAAUCCAUAUCAGGGAUGCAGCUGCGCUUCAGAAUUCACUCCGCACACGAACGUCUGACAAGACGACAACGGCUUAUUAUAGGCGAAGCCAUAAUUUCCCUGGGUUGCGCCAGACUACGGCAACCUAUACAGGUCGCCCUUGGGUCGAAGCUAUCGCAGAGCGCUAGCGGGGGCGGGACCACUUCAAGCGAAUCGGAGAUCUCUGAUUGUUCACUUAAAUCGCAAGAUUCAUCGACGGGUUCACUAAAUUCGCUGCGAUCACCACACUCACCCCAGCACGUGGGAUUAGCAUCCUCGCCUGAGCUGCUCAUUGGGUUAGCAUACAAUGGUACAACGGGUAGACUGAGUGUCGAGGUCAUCGGCGGAAGUCAUCUGGGAGUAUUGCCGGGAGUGCCUCACGUGAAAAGUUGCUCAUCACCCGAUACAUUCGUCAAGGUGUGCCUAGUUUCGUCAUCAGGACAAGAGAUAGCCUCGUCAAAAACUUCCGUCAGAAAAGGACAGGCCGAUCCUGUCUACAAAGAAACUUUCGUGUUUCAAGUGGCACUUUUCCAGCUGAGCGACGUGACAUUGAUCCUUUCGGCCUAUAAACGAAGUUCAAUGAAGAGGAAGCAGCUCGUCGGCUGGCUAUCAUUCGGUAUGAAUCCCUCAUCGGAUGCGCAACUGGUCCACUGGAGUGAUAUGCGCGAAGGUCGCGGUGAGCAGGUGGCCAGAUGGAAUACCUUAAUACAAAGCCAAGGAUAGGUGGAAAUUAAGUCGGCCGAGUCGGAAACUAAUAAACGCAGAAGCACGUUUUGCUGUUGGCAUCCAUGCGUCGCUGAAUGAAUCGUAGUCAUUGACGCGGAAUUGAGUUCGUCUCGGCUCGUGAAUUCGCCUAAUUACUCAGAGGAAUCGUCGCAUCGCAAGAAGUAACAGUUGUGUAAUACUGAUUAAAACAAAUGAGCUAGGCCGAUCCAUAAAUAUUCGAGAACGUGUGUCAGGAUCUAAGACUUUAACGUUGUUAGAAAGGAAAUCUCGAGCACAGUCCCUAUGCUGAUUGGUUAUACAGGCGACAAAGUGACUAACAUAUUUUGAGAUGUUGAUACGCAUUAAUGGAAGAGUCAGGGUCAAAUGUCCUACUACGUUGACAGGAAGCUCAGGACAAAGCGUCACGUACAUACAUGUCAUAGGGAAAUCAACGUCAGUUAUGAGUCAGGUACAGGUUUUCACUGGCUUCAGCAACCACACACCCUAGCCAAUAAAAAUCAAUCUAGAGUAACACCAAAAAAACAUGGAACGAAUUAAAUGCCGAACUAGUUUCAAAUACGAUAGUAUCAGGCAGGAACGAUGUUAUACGCAACAUUCGUCACGUGAAAAAAACAGGAUUUAAGUACCUAAUCAUGUAAACAGUUUACCCAGUAGAUAUUCGAGAGCACUUUGCAUCGGUGGGUUCUUGUAUUGUUAUUUUACAAAUGUAAUUCUCUUUUACGAGCUGGUAUUACCUACCAGGUUACCUUGAUGAAAAUAAGGGAAAACUAGUGCGAGUAGACGGGAUAGUCUAGAAGCACCAUUAAAGAAAACCGUGCAAUUUCAAACAAAUAAGUAAGGUUUAACUUCCGUCUUUUUUUCUUGCGGCAGAGAUUUAAUACGAACCACGCCGAAAACUAACGUGUAAACGUAUGCGGCUGCAACGAAUAGAUGGACCAUCGAUCGGCAGAUGGGCAUUGUCCGUUGUAGAAACAGCGAGGGCUGCGAUUAACGAAGUGGCUAAUGACGGACAGUAUGUCAAAAUGACUACAUUUUUUUUGCUACUAUAAACGUUGUAACAAAUCUCAAAUAACAUUUUUACAAAAUGCAUGAAGGCGCUAUCUUAAAAUAUACAUAAGACAACAUUCCGAGACGGCAGACAGUCAAAAGAAGAACAGAAAGCGCUAAUGCAUUAGGAUAGCAUAGCUAAGGAAUAUCGAUUUCCGCCUGGACAGCUUGUCCUUUUCUCUUCGUCAGACAUAGGCGUGAUAGACCUUGUCUAAAGCCAUCUAAAAUUUAAGAGGGAAAAUUCACUGGUUCGACAGAGGACGCCCUUGUACACACGAGAACCACUUUUUUAUUGCAGUGAAACAAAACUAUACGCAAUAUCUCCUAUAUAAUAUAUCCUUCAAUUAAUGUACACACUAGUUCAUCUUAAAAUUAACGCAAAAAGGUAAAACACCGAUUUUACUCAUACGCAUACGUAGUGAAGCAGGGCCCCCACAUCUGUUCAAAAUUAACCUAUGCCAGUGUGCUGAUCAAUUGAGCCACAAUCUCUUUUCAGCUCUAAUACUGAAAACGUCAUUUUAAAAAUCCUUCCGAGAUCUAUGUGUAAUAAUCAGCGCGAUAGAUUUGUCUGUUCGCUUGCAUCCCUACUCACACUCUAGAGCGCAUUAUAGGUCGACUUUCCACUGUGGAUCUAUCGGGCGUUCAAUUUGUACUUUCGCUGUAUGUGUGUGUUAAUCCAUCAUCUCCUAUGUUUCUACCGCACAUGUGCACCGUUAAUCGAAGAGACCUGCAUCAUUUGCAGCCCUAUUUCGUCCGUCACUUACAAUCGUUGUAGGCGUCGUGAUAGGCGUAGAAUUGUUGAGGAUAAAGGAACUUUGUUAAGCAUACAUUCAACAGUGCCAAGUAAAAGCAAAGACCGCAAACUAAACGAAAAACAACCCAGAAACAGCUACACCAGAUAACUGCAACUAGGUAACAUCAUUUCGCAUGUCCACGUUGUUAGAUACAAUAAAACGAAGGCGGCUAAACAUUAUGGAACUAUUGUUGACAAAUUCGUUCGACCAUUUUUUAUGCUUAUCCAAACCCACGGAGCUCUUCGUUACGCAUUGAAUAAAUAUGGCUAUUCAUAAAUAUAACUGAUAAGUAACUAGUAGCAGCAGUUAUACUAUUUGUAGUGCCAUUCAUUGUAGCUGCAACACUGUAUAAAAUACAAACAAUAAUAACGAGUCAUUACGUUUGACAGCAAGCUAUGUAUCAUGCCGAAGAUAUAACACUUAGUCGUAACGAUCAAAGCAAUGAUCGUUGUCGACCCGUUGAGACGUUUCGACAAACGCAAAAGUAACGAAGGCUGGUAGCAGACGAUAUGAAGUAAACUUCGAGCUAGAUUAAUGGCGGCAAUUUAAGCUGGGAUUUGAAUCUGAGCUUUGCCGAACAGUUAAGCGUGUAUCAGGCGUUUCUUUGCUUUGUGGCAAGAAUUUCAAGAGAUAGUUGCUAGAAAACGAAAGGCAAGGCGAGCAAGCCACUAAUACGCUGGCUUACACAGACGCAGCAUCUCUUAUCUUCAAUAGUAUCGAAUCAUCGUUCUUGUUUUGGAACGCCUUUUGAUAGUAUCUUGUCCGACAUGACGGUUUACACUAAACACCGAGACAAAAGCGACGUCAUAAGGCGAUCUGUCUUAGGCUUUGAAACACAGCCCAUUUGGUAAUGAAACGGACACACUAGAAGCAUUCGAUUAUACAAUGUGUGUUGGGUCAUUUACCAACGUUGACAUUCGUUACCUAUUCGAAAAUGCUAACUGUAUUUACGGUAGACCUAUCCAUGCCCAUACGUGAUUGCGAUGUGAAGUAUUUAAAGAGCCGGAAAAGUUCAUAAACGAAAAGCACAAUUAUAGAAACGAUAUCCCUUUUGGAGGGACAAGGGAGUCGUGUACGAAUCAAAAUAGCAAUCAUCGAUGUACCAUGUAUUUCGUGCGGAAGGUAUGCGAAGAAUUAGUGGUUCCGGCAUUUAAGGUACCUCUUUUUGCUACUGUUACUAGAAGUAUACAGUUAAAGCUAUUUAGAAAAUUAGAGUGUUACGCAAUACAUGUUUAUGCGAGUACUUGAUAAUUUAGAAUUAAUCUCAGUGCAAAAAAAGCACCUACUCAUACUACUCACAGUCAGUCCCUUCAGAUUACUUCACUAAUAAGUACUUCGAAGAAUAGACGAGUAAUUCACUACAAUUCAGUAUCGGCGUUACAGAGGGAAACGCAGCGGUCAAAAACUCUUUGUCUCGAGAACAUUUGUUGGAAUGAAGAAGAUUUACCCUACGGGUAUUAGACGACAUAACGCACAUAUCGUAUCCUGUCUAUAGCUUUUCAUACUAUUUAGCUGACGAAAGGCUACUAUUGUUAUCAUUUUAAAUUACAUAUAGUUCAGCGGAACGUAUAGGGCCAUGCUACGUUCCUACUGAAUUUUUCGUAACUGACAUUGUUAAUGUUAGUGUGCCUCCCAACACAUACGGUCAUUAUAGAGCACCUCCUGUAGCUAAUGACAAAAUCAUGAAACUGAAUCGUUGCCUUAUCGCAGAAAUAUACGCGGAUUCCUAUUGACGUAUCUCAGUGAUAACGUCCAUUCAAUGUUCCGCCACUAAGGGCCUAAUUCUAGGUUCUCGGUGGCGGAGCUAGUCGGCUAUAGGCUAUAGAUUCGAUUUCCCUACUGAACUGCAUAGAUAUAUCCGUUAGUGCGACCAUUCAUUUAAGCUGCAACUGACUUGCUUGCUCAACCCAAGUUUAGGAGGCAGAGAUAAUUGAUAGAUUGGUUGGUAACUGAUCGACAUGUGGCUAAUCGAUACGAGACUUUAACCAGGCUGCUUUGGCAAGGGAAAAAAAGCCAAAAGCGGAUGUCUAUAGCAAUUGCAGUUUUGAAGAUGUUGACAAACACGAAUAAUAAUGACUGCAUGUUGGGUGGCACUCGAUUGAGUUGCCAUAUCUACUAUCUUAUGUGUUAACUAGGAAGUCGUCUAAAGCAACGUUCGUAAACUUACUACACUAGUUAUCAUAUUGUUAGUCUUGUUAUGAUUAAUAUUAUAUAUUAUCAAUUACUUCCAAGAAGAGUAGUUACGCGCUCGGGUUCGUUACUAGUUAUCCGCGCGCGAUAGACAUGUAGCCCACACAGGAAAUAAUGUAUAUGUUACAGAAAGAAAACUAGGUGCAUUAAAAACCAAAUUUACAUUGAAUGAAGGGUGAAAACUACCUGCCGAUCACAUAGAGACAAUAUCCACAACUGAUGACAGAUCAUAACGCUAGGAAAAAAAUAACAAUGAAAAUGAUAAUAAUGUAUAUACUUUUUAUACCUCAAAAUAAAACCUCGCAAAAAUGAUUAAGAAAUAUUGUGGUUACCGUUGAUUGAAAUUAUAGAAAUGUACGAUACGAAUGCAAUAAUAACAAUAAAGAAAGUGAUGGCAAAAACAACA